UUUAGAAUGGCCUAUAGAUUUCUGUACAACUUUUUACCCGUACCAAAGCGCCCAACUACACCGGAAAACGUGGAACUACUAAAUACGGGGACUAUAAAAAGGAGCAAAGAGGGUUCUCCGCACUCCGCUUCUUCCAGAAGCGCUUUUGCGAGCCAUGGGACCUCCCUCGCAGCUGCUUCCGAUUAAACCCUUGGAUGGCGCCGCGGGCUACAGCCGAUGGAAGGAGUCGAUCCUCCUCCGCCUCCGCACCCUCGGACUCGCCCACGUCCUCCUCUCCGACACGACCUCGGGCGACGACGACGCCGCCGCCGCCGCCGCCGCCGCUGCGGCGCAGUGGGAGCGCGACGACGCGCUCUGCCGCGGCCACAUCCUCCACACGCUCUCCGACCGCGUCUUCGCCCUCCACGUCCACCGCCGCACCGCGCGGGCCCUCUGGGUCGGCCUCCGCAACGCCUACGAGGCGCUCGACCCCAAGCACCGCUCCGCCCGAGCGCUCGCCGAGUUCGAGUUCUCCCCCGACGCGCCGAUCCCGGAGCAGCUCGCCGAGUUCGAGGCCGUGGCCGCGGCCUCGGGCUACGACCUCUCCGACCCGUACGUGUACAUCGAGGCGAGCUCGAAGGUGGCGCCGCUCUACCCCGAGUACUGGAUGUUUAGGAAGGAGGAGACCAUGGACGAGGUGUGGAGGAUCGUUCGACUGGUGGAGUCCUACAACAAGUGGAGGGAGCAGCGAGAGGAUACAGAAGAGGAAGAGGAAGCAGCAGCGAGUAUUGUGGCGAGAACGGUACGAUGCUACAACUGCGGAGGGCUAGGGCACAUGGCCAGGAAUUGUGCGAGGUAAAAAAGCUGUUCACAGAAGCUUUUGAAUGGGCCAAAUUAGUUGUUCGGUUCGUAGGGUCGGAGCUUAUAAUAAAGCCUUUUGGAUUAGAUUAGAUUAGCGCUACAGAAGGGAACUUUGAUUUUGUGAAUGCUUGUUUGAUCGGAGAAGAUAUUACUACUAGUUUACUCAUAUUUCUCUUUCCUUCUAGUUUUGCUUCUGUUCUCCCGAUAGUGUAUUCUUGCUGCAAAUCAUGAAACCAGUUCCCUAUACUGUUGCAGCAAA